UUGCCAGUUUCAAGCGCACAAGCAAGGUCAGUAAGCACGCCAUGGGGAUGAAGCGAUGCAUCGUUCCUAGCAUCUUGCUGAUGCUUUCACUGGAGGCGGCCCUCCUCGUCGCCGACCGCCCCUCUGUAGACGACGAGGUGGGUACCAUUCUCCUGCCGAGCCAAGGCCAAGUUGCAGACCAGCAAGCAGCCAUGGCGGCGCCGAGGCCGUGGAAGUGCUGUGACCGGCCGCGGUGUACCAGGUCCAUCCCGCCGAUCUGCACCUGCGUGGACGAGGCGUUCGAGUGCGCCUCCACCUGCAAGGCAUGCGUGCCGUCGACGCGGAACCCGUCCCUCCAGGUCUGCCAAGACCAGUACGUCGGCGACCCCGGGCCUAUAUGCCGGCCGUGGGAGUGCUGCGACUCGGCGGCGUGCACCAAGACAGACCCGCCGACGUGCCGCUGCGGGGACGAGGUCGAGCAGUGCGCUCCCACCUGCAAGAGCUGCGAAGCGUCCACGUCGAACCCGUCCCUCAACGUCUGCAAGGACGCGUUCACCGGGGCCAUCCCGCCCACAUGCACGCCGCCAGAGGCUCUUGCCGCCGGCGGUAACUAGCACGCGCACGCGUUGGUGUGCACCAUGAUCGAGUCGCUACGUCCCUACUCCUUCCUUGCUGCUGCAGCAGCCUGCAGUUUGUGAUUAUACAUAAAAUAAAAAAUGGAGAAGCAAUCAUGUACUCCCUCGAUCCCAAAUAAGAGCAUCUA